CCUGGUUUUAGGGUUCUAGCUUAGCUUAUGUCAUUGUGUUUGUUUUUGUUGUCAUGGUUUAGAAAUGGUUCUCAUUUUCAAGCUCCAAAGAUGGUGUAAGAUUACCUUGCUUGUGUGUGCGCUGAUUUGUUUCCAACAACCGAUGAUGAAUGUGAAGCAAACAACGCAAACGCUUCGGAAACCCAUGUAUCGUGCGUUCUCUCGCUGCCUCACUCCUCUGAAUGACAACACUUCUCUGAAUGACAACUACACACGUCUCGUGCUUCACUGUCUUCGAACCAACGACUGCAUUCAAGCCAAGAAAUUGGAGUCUGACAUGCAGCUUCACCAUUUUAAACCCGAAGACACCUUCAUCCACAACCAGCUUCUUCACUUGUAUGCAAAAUGCGGCAAGCUCUCAGAUGCCCAGAACCUGUUUGAUAAAAUGUCUCACAGAGAUGUGAAUUCCUGGAAUGCCUUGCUUUCUGCUUAUGCCAAGGCGGGGUUGGUUGAACAUUUGUAUGAAGUCUUUGAUCAAAUGCCUCGUCGUGAUUCCGUUUCAUAUAACACGUUGAUUACUUGUUUUGCGAAAAAAAGGCUUUCAGGCAGAGCGUUGAGAGUUUUGGUGAGGAUGCAGGAAGAUGGGUUUCAACUCACCCAGCAUACCUAUGUGAAUGCCCUGCAAGCAUGUUCUCAGUUAUUGGAUUUUCGGCUUGGGAAGCAGGUUCAUGGGAGGGUGGUUGUUGGUAAUUUUGUGAAAAAUGCAUUUGUUUGGAAUGCUUUGACUGAUAUGUAUGCUAAAUGUGGUGGUGAUAUAGACAGGGCGCGGUGGUUGUUUGAUGGGAUGAUUGAGAAGAAUGUUGUUUCGUGGAACCUCAUGAUCUCUGGGUAUGUGAAAAUGGGCAAACUUGACGAGUGCACUCAGUUGUUUGAUGAGAUGCAGUUAUUUGGUUUGAAACCUGACCAGAUUACAGUUUCUAAUGUUCUUAAGGCUUACAUUCAAUCUGGACGUUUAGAUGAGGCGAGGGACAUGUUUAGUAAAAUGCCCGAAAAGGAUAAAAUCUGUUGGACGACGAUGAUAGCUGGUUACGCACAAAAUGGAAGAGAGGAGGGUGCUUUGAUGUUGUUUGGUGACAUGCUACGUGCAAGUGUUAGACCUGACAGUUUCACCAUCUCAAGUGUGGUUAGCUCCUGUGCCAAGCUAGCUUCUUUGUGUCACGGUCAGGUUGUCCAUGGAAAAUUAAUUCUUAUGGGUGUUGAUGCUGACAUGCUGGUCUCGAGUGCUCUUGUUGAUAUGUACUGCAAGUGUGGAGUCACUUUGGAUGCUUGGGAUAUUUUUGAAACUAUGCCUGUUCGGAAUCUGAUCACUUGGAAUGCAAUGAUUCUGGGUUAUGCACAAAAUGGGCAGGCUCAGGAGGCCUUGGCUUUGUAUGAAAGAAUGCUGCAAGAUAAUUUGAAACCUGAUAACAUUAGUUUUGUUGGUAUCUUAUCUGCUUGUAAAAAUGCUGAUAUGGUCAAAGAAGGACAGAAGUAUUUCGAUUCAAUCACUGAACGAGGAAUGACACCCACAUUGGAUCACUAUGCAUGUAUGGUCACUCUCCUUGGUCGGUCAGGUAGUGUCGAUAAAGCAGUGGAUCUGAUCAAAGGUAUGCCUCACAAACCGGAUUACCUGAUUUGGUCCGCCUUACUAUCUGUUUGUGGCAAGGAUGACAUGAAGAUUGCAGAGUUGGCAGCUAGUCAUCUCUUUCGAUUGGAUCCACAAAAUGCUGGACCAUAUAUCAUGCUUUCCAACUUGUAUGCUGCUUGUGGGAUGUGGAAAGAAAAAGCUGAUGUAAGAUCUCUCAUGAAGAACAAAUGUGCAAAGAAGUUUGCUGCAUACAGUUGGGUUGAGGUUGAGAAUGAAGUCCACAGGUUUGUUUCAGAAGAUCGCACUCACCCAGAAGUAGAAAGAAUAUAUGAUGAAUUGAACAGAUUGAUCUCAAAGUUGCGACGAAUUGGGUAUAAUCCAGAUACAAGUCAUGUUCUACAUAAUGUGGGGGAGGAAGAAAAAUUUAGAUCCAUCUCUUGCCACAGUGAGAAACUUGCUGUUGCGUAUGCUUUAAUUAGAAAGCCCAAUGGAGUUGCACCAAUACGGAUCAUGAAGAACAUACGUAUCUGUAAUGACUGUCAUGCAUUUAUGAAGUUCGCAUCCAUCACUAUAGGACGGCCAGUCAUUGUGAGAGAUUCAAAUAGGUUUCAUCAUUUCUUUGAUGGGAAGUGUUCUUGCAAGGAUCAUUGGUGAAGUCUCAAUCAGAUGGUAAUCUGCUGUGCUUUUAACUGACUCCAAAUGAAGGGUGCUACCGAGGCAAUAUGCAUUUUGCAUCUUCAUAUAAGCUUUUGAAACAAGGGACAAAACCAAGAUAAACAAUACUGAUGAAAAUUUUUCUUGUGACGCAAUGGAGCUUCAGACGGUUUGGAUUGCACAACAAGUAAUCUCUUGGUUUAGAGAUUGAUACUUGACAAUUGACAUUGAAUGACACGGUAAAGCCUUGAAUAAAAUGUCCGAGAAGUUAUUAAAUGCCCAUAAUUUACUGAGAAAUUGGGAUUAAAAUGUUUGUGACAUAUCACUUAUGUAACUCAUUAGAGGCAACCACUUUGAUAGAACUUGGUACAGAAACAUAGAGAGAGAAAGAAAACUGUUAUUGAACAUUUUGGCUAGGCCACUCCAACUAUUAGGCCCAGACUAUUUAAUGGUAGGUUUUUUUGUCAAAUUUUAUGGUAGAUUAAAUUGUAUUUUUUUAAUUUGGGGCCAGUGGAUUGGCCCUAACCCACAGGGUUUAGUGGACUUUUUGGUCUUGUGGGUUUUGGGAUUACUUUUUUGUACACCCUAACCUAACCCUACAAAAAAGGGAGUUCCAUUGUAAACCAAAGGAAAUAUAGUAGAUGGAAGAUUUAUCAUUGAAGGAAAUAAUUUUAU